AUGAAUACUUUAAAAACAUCAAAUGUAUAUACAAAUUAUUCGACAAAAUUUCAAGGAUAUAAUUCAAAUGAAACAAUAAAUUCAUCAUUAAAUGCUCGAUAUGUAUUCGUUAUUCGAUGUUUAAGUUUAUAUGCUCUUCUACUUAUAAUUGUUGGAACAACAGGAAAUUUAUUAACAAUUAUUGUAUUACUAAGAAGAAAUCUUCGUCGUUUAGUAACUAUACGAUAUUUAAUUGUCGUUAGUAUAUGUGAUACAGUAUCACUUUAUGGUUGGAAUUUAAAUGAUUUUUAUAAAUUUAAUCUUAGUCCAGAUAAUGAUAAUAUAGAAGAACUAUCUAUUACACAUUGUCGAGUUAUGUCAUUUAUGACAUUUGUUAGUUUACAAUUAUCUAGCUGGUGUCUAACUGCGGUUAGCCUCGAUCGUGCUUUAAGUCUUUAUUUUCUACAUUGGAAACAAUCCUAUGGAAAAGUAAAAUAUACAAAAUAUUAUAUUAGUAUUUUGACAUUUAUUUGUAUUGCAUUAAAUAGUCAUAUAUUAUUUUUAAAUGGUUACGUUACAUCAGCUGGUAAUAUCAAAUGUUAUGCAACAAAAAGUAAUGCCGGUUAUAUAUAUCCACAAUGGGAACGUGUUCAUUUAGUUGUUUAUAAUUUAUGUCCAUUUGCUAUAAUGUGUAUUUGUAACACAUAUAUUAUUGUUAUUACAGUUCGAUCAAGUCGCCAACAAACUGAAUCGACAGCACCGACUGUACAACGGAAAAAUAUAGAACGUUAUCGACAACUAACUGCUUUACUUAUUAUUGUUACAUUUGCAUUUGUUUUAUUAACACUUCCAGCUUGUAUUUAUUUUGUAUUUUUUCGUCAUAAUCUUGAAGCAAAAACUGAACGUACUUAUCGUUAUAUGAUUCAAAUAUCAUUGAAUUCUGUUCAAUUUACAUCACACGGAAUCAAUUUUUUUCUCUAUUGUUUUUCAGCAAAAAGUUUUUUGAAUGAAUUAAAUGAUAUGUUUAAUGAAUGUCUUGGUUGUUGUCAAGGUAGUGAUGAACAAUGGUCAUUUAUUGGUAUAAGAACUAAUCAUCAAUAUAAUGAACCAACAUUAGAACAUCAACGAACUGAUCAUGAAAGAGAAAUGCAAAUUAAACAUUAUAAAUUUAAUUUUUUUCCAGAAUUUCAAUCAGCAAGUGAACCACAAUCGAGUUGA